GUGAGACGGAAGAAAGAGGUUUGCGGUUGGGAGCAAAGGAAAGGGAUUGGCCUUGGAAAUGAUCACCCCCACCUCCCUUUGCUAGGAUUGUUUUAGUUUGUGUCGUCAUCCACAGGAAGAUAGUUCCUCCUCCCAUGUUGCUUUGGGCCUCCGGAGGGUUCUCGCGAGCUGUCCAUGUCUGCAAACGACCUGAACAGGUUUUCGAAAGUCACGUGAUUGUGCCUUGUCAAUCCCACCCUGCCAUACAGUGCACUUUUCAACAGAAAGGAGGAAACCAUGAAAAUGAAGAAAAUUUGGCUACCAGUAUUUUAAAAAACCCUUAAAAUCAGGACAGUAAAUAAAGAACAAUACUCAGAAGACAGGGGAAUUCCAGACAAGAAACAAUUAGGGCCAGUUAAAACCUCCCAACAAAGAAUGUCCGCCGCCAGGAAACAGCCAGGUUUUGAAGCUGCAAGGCUAUUCAUUGCUAAUCAAGCUGGCCAAUUGAAACACUUACACUUGCCUCAGGCAGACAAGAGUCUCCCACCCUGGACAUUUGGCAGAUAUAUACACCCCGCUUGCUUAGCUUCCAACACCUAACAACCUCUGAGGAUGCCUGCCAUAGAUGUGGAAGGAACGUCAGGAGAGAAUGCUUCUGGAACAUGGCCGUACAGCCCAGAAAACACACAGCAACCCAGUGAUUCUGACCAUGAAGGCCUUAGACAUCCUAGGGCCACAUUGGCACAAUGGGCUAAACCCUUGUGCUGGCUUAACUGCUGAUCUGAAGGUCAGCGGUUCAAAUCUACGAGACGGGGUGAGCCCCCAUCUGUCAGCUCCAGUUUCCAUGUAGGGACAUGAGAGAAGCCUCCCACAGGAUGGUAACACAUCUGUGCAUCUUCUGGGCAACAUCUCUGUAGACAGCCAAUUCUCAUGCUGGGUAUGUUUAGCUUGCAGAAGAGAAGGCUGAGAGGAGACAUGAUAGCCAUAUACAAAUAUGUGAGGGGAAGUCAUAGGGAGGAGGGAGCAAGCUUGUUUUCUGCUGCCCUGCAGACUAGGAUGCGGAACAAUGGCUUCAAACUACAGGAAAGGAGAUUCCACCUGAACAUCAGGAAGAACUUCAACUGUGAGAGCUGUUCGGCAGUGGAACUCUCUGCCCUGGACUGUGGUGGAGGCUCCUCCUUUGGAGGCUUUUAAGCAGAGGCUGGAUGGCCAUCUGUCGGGUGUGCUUUGAAUGAGAUUUCCUGCUUCUUGCAGGGGAUGGCUCAUGAGGUCUCUUCCAACUCUACGAUUCUAUGAUUCUAUGUACCAAAAGCGACUUGCAGUAUAUUCUCAAUUCGCUUCUGACACAAUAAAAAGUUACCUCUCUCAGUCCUUAGUAACCAGCUGAGAAUUUGACUGCAGUUGUAAAGAAUGGGAAACAGACUCCUGUAUUCCAAACAAUGAAGAUGUAUAGUAUCUUCAGCCCCUCUGCAACUUGGCAUAUUCUUACAAGAGAAGACUAAACCCACAGCAAAGAGCCAUUACAUCUAGUCUGCAUCAAUAGGAGUCUAUUGUCAAGAUGGAGGGAAGUCAUUACCCAACUUUGUUCAGCUUCAGUCAGACUUCGCCUGGAAUAACACCAUGUCCAAUUCUGGGCACCACAAUUCAAGAAAGAUAUCCAGAGAAGGUGAUCAAAGCCCUAUGAAGAAUGGCGGCGGGAACUAGAAAAGAGAAGGCUUAGCAGGGACAUGAUGGUCAUGUUCAAAUAUUGGAAAUGAUUUCACAUUGAGGAGCAGGCAAGCUUGUUUUCUGCCAUUCUGUAGACUAGGACACAGAGCAACAACUUUUUGCUGUUAGUUUUUCAAUGAAUAUUUCAAGUCUCAACCAGCCAUAAAAACAAAGUUUCUGGAAUAUUACAACUACUUUCAAAGUAAGUAAUAUGCAAUUAAACAGGAAAUAACACUUUCAAACCUGCAUAAUUUGUGACAAAUAAUGAUAUUGUUCCAUAAAGGGUAAGCAGGUAGGAUAAAUGUGCAAAAUUUAUUAUUUGAGAACACAGAAAUGCUGGACCACUCUAACAACUACCAGGCCAGACUACACAGAGAAGCCACUGAAAUCCACAAGCAUGUAGACAAUUUCAAUAGAAAGGAGGAAACCAUGAAAAUAAACAAAAUCUGGCUACCAAUAUUUUAAAAACCUCUAAAAUCAGAAGAGUAAAUAAAGAGCCACACUCAAAAAGCGGGGGAAUCAAUCAGGGCCAGCUAACACCUCCAAACAAAGGAUCCCCUCAGGCAGCAGGGUUGAAACUGCAAGGCCAUUAAAUGCUAAUCAAGGUGGCAAAUUGCAACAUUCACACGUGCUUCAAGCAGACAAGAGUUCUUUCUUCCGCCUUGGACAUUCCACAGAUGUAUAAAUCUUACUUAGUUUCCAACAGACCCCUCACCUCUGAGGAUGCUUACCAUAGAUGUGGGCAUGCUUUUGGAACAUGGCCAUACAGCCCGGAAAACUCACAACAACCCAAUAAUAAAGCUGUUCAUGGUUAUGCCCCCCCCCCCCCCCGCUUCCUGGCACAUCAUUUCUACAUGCCAAGAACCUCUUGGCAGGGCCGGUCCAACAAUGAGGCGAAUUAAGCGGUCAUUUCGGGCGCAAAACAUAUGGGGGCUCAACCGAGACUGCUUUUUCUGUUGAUUUCUUGUAAAACAUGAUGUUUUGGUGCUUAAUUUGUAAAAUUUUAGUGUACUUUGAUGUUUAAUAGGCUUUUCCUUAAUCCCUCCUUAUUAUCCAACAUUUUCGCUUAUCCAACGCUUUUAUUUUUCAGUGAUUGGUUUGGGGGGUGCACCAAAAUUCUGUUCACCUACACUUGAAAAAUACCUAGGGCCGGCUCUGCCAAGAGGCCUCUGGGGAGGUCUAAUGGAGGCCCAGUAAGUUUUUAUUUAUUUUUAAGGCUUUGGGGAUGGGAGAGAGGGGUGGGUGACCCGAUGCCAUCCUUAAAGUUUUUGGGAUGGCAUGGGGACACCCAUCUGGUAAAGCCUGUGUUUUUGGGAGGUGUGGAAGCUUAAGCCCACUUUGGAACAGGUUUUUUUUUUUUUAAUCUGGAAGCAUCCUUGGAUACCACUAUUCCAGGUUUUAGUGCUGGGCAUCUGUUUCUACCACCCCAAAGCAAAUGCCUGCAUUCCUAUUUUUUAAAAAAUAUUAUGGAAGUAUAUCCAUAAUGACCCACACAAACUUAAAAGUACAAUGGAUGAUGUCAGAUGUAACGCUGUAAAACCUAGGCGGGAUAAAACAAUCCAGUAAAACAAUAUUGAUUCACUGGAUCUAAUAGCUGGAUUUAAACCCAGAUAGUCAUUGAAAUGGACAGCUAAACAUAAAUGUUGGACAAAGAGCGUAUAGGAAUGUGCUUAUAAUUUUCCUUCAACUUGCUGAAAAUAGGCACUUCUGUACUGAAGUCUAAAGUGGUGUUAUCUCUGUAGAACAGGAAGAUAUUACAAUUUUCUAAUGGGAAAUGACAACUCUUUUCACAUUGCAACAUAAUUUUGAAAGUCUGUGGGUUGAGGCAUUAUAUAGGGCAGUAGAAAUCUUUCAGCUUAAGUCUAUACGCUACUUGCUGAUAGACCUGAUAUUACCUGUAUCCAAACUGGGUUGCUGUAGAGCCCAUUGCAAAGAUCUGCAUAUAAAGAUUGUUAAUUGUGAACCUGUGAUCCAAAGAUUUCACAUACAGUAUGUUAUACUCCCUGAAAUUUUUUCUUUUUGGGACAAUAUCAUGCAAUGCCUGAUUAAUGUCUUGCUUUUUCUGUAAAACUAGUUAUGUUAUACAAUGACUAUAUGUAAUAUUCUUAAUAACUUAAUAAAAUGUCAACAUAAAGAAGAACAGCACCACAUUCUGCAGUCUCCCAACACAUUUAUUUAUUUAUUUACAGCAUUUAUAUUCCGCCCUUCUCACCCCGAAGGGGACUCAGGGCGGAUCACAUUACACAUAUAGGCAAACAUUCAAUGCCUUUUAACAUAGAACAAAGACAAACAAACAUAGGCUCCAAGCCGGGCCUCGAACUCAUGACCUCCUGGUCAGAGUGAUUCAUUGCAGUGAUUGAUUACAGCUGCUCUCCAGCCUGCGCCACAGCCCAAACCACAUUUUGCCCAGUGUGUAGAAAAGGUUAUUAGUGAGCACAAGAAUCAGCUAAAACAAGAGCCGAUUCAUUGCUUGCUCCACAGCUAUGAGACUUUCUUCUAUUUGAAUUGUACAAAUGAAAAUCUUCAAGAUGAUUUGGAAAUUGUCAGUUUUCCUGCUACUUUUCUUUGGAAAUGCACGUUAAAUAAUUUGUAAGAUUUACAGCCACUUUCGUCUUGGUAAUUGUAAAUCUAUUUGAUAUGUCUGUGUCUUCUUUUUCAUAUCUCUUUCUGGGAGUUUGGUUCAUCAAUUCACAUUUUCAUUCAGCUGUUUUUCUGGACGUGCUGCACCUACAAAGUUUGAAGUCUUUGUUUGCAUGGCAUAUGCCGAUACUACAUUGAUAUUGCGAAACUGUUUUCAGUCAGAAAAUUGCGGAAGUAUGUAUGUUAAAAUGAAACUAGCUGGGAGAAGACAGCUGAACAGUACAAAGAGCUUUUUCUUGUUCAUAACCCGUUUCAUUUGGGACUGUGGUAAAUUUGCUUUUUUUCUGGUGUGCUUCUAGCCAGACAAACACGCUCAGUCAAGAAUCUACAGAAAACUGGAUGGACUAUCAAAACAAGGAUGGACUAUCAAAAUUUUUGGUUACACCCCACAGAAGCCCUCUCUGGUACUGAAAAUAUACUCAAUAGUUACAAAUUCUCCAGAUAAGGAGUUUUUAGGAGUAUGUGGCAGCUCCAGUAGUGAGAAGGAUUAUACCAACUUCUGCUUGGUGCCAGUGCAAAAAUGGCGUGGAUACAGACCAAUAUGUUACAUUUGAUGUACCACUGUUGAGGACUUUCUGGAGUCAACUGGAAGAAACACUCUGUUGAAGAUGUGUGCUACUGGGAAAAUGACAGAAGAAGACUUGGACUGUUUGGUUCAGGAUUUAAUUUAUUUUUAUACAUUCCCAUUAUUUGAAAAAUUUCAUCCACUGGGUGAAGAAAUUGACAUAAUCUUUGAUUUGACAAGUACUUACACUGAUACCUUGCUUUGGAAGAAAGACAUCCAUAACAUUCGUUUUGAACAGCUAUCUUUAAAAACCCUCUUAGAGGAACUUAAAAACCCCUGUAUCAUAGAGGGAGAAGCUGGCAAAGGAAAAACCACUCUUCUCAAGAAGAUUGCUUUACUCUGGGCUAAAGGAGAUCAUCCUUGUUUGUCAAAAUUCAAGCUUGUCUUCUUUAUCAGCUUGAGUGGUGCACAGGAGGGAUUGUAUGAAACUGUGUGUGAACAGCUCCUUACAAAGGAAUAUAGGAUAUGCAAAAAGGACUUUAUGAAGAUUUUAGUUUCUCUAAGAGAAAAAGUUCUCUUUCUCUUAGAUGGCUAUGAUGAGUUCAAAUCCCAGAACUGCCCAGAAAUAGAAUCACUGAUCAAGGAAAACCAUAAAUUCAAAAACACAGUCAUUGUGACUACGAGAACUGAGACAAUUAGUAGUUUGAGGCUUUUUGGGUCAUUGAUUGUUGAGACAGGAGAUCUGACUGUGGAAAGUGCAAAACAGUUAGUUAGAAAGGUACUGAGAACAGAAGAAUUAGCUGGUGGUCUUUUGUCACAACUGGAGAAAACAGAUUCGACAUUCCAGAAACCAGGCUCUCAGACUGACAAUCUUAUGAAGACCCCCUUAUUUGUGGUCAUUGCAUGUGCUAUCCAAAUGGGAGAGACCACUUUUAACCCCCACACACAAACUACUCUGUUCUCUACACUACAUGACUUGCUGGUGGGGAAAAACAGGUACAAGACCAAAGAACUACGUGAUGAACACUUUCGUCUAAGCAUAAUCCAUUGUGGAGAUUUAGCCCUAGAUGGAAUAUUUGAGCAGAAAUUUAAUUUUCAACCUGAGGAUAUCUCCAGCGUGAAAGAACGAGUCCUGUUAGCUACAGGUCUCAUGAACAAAUAUACAGCACAGAGAAUAACACCUGUAUAUAGAUUUUUUCAUAAAUCUUUCCAAGAAUAUACAGCGGGCAGGAGACUUGCCAGGUUACUAACAUCUCGAAGGAAUGAGGAGGUAAUCACAGGGUAUAGUUACUUACAAAAAAUUGACAACAUCUCAGAUAUUAUUACGACAUACCACAGUUUACUCCUCUACACCUGUGGGUCAUCUGCUGAAGCUACUAGAAAGAUUAUUCAGCACUUAUCAAUCACUUAUCAACAGAGCAGUCAUUUCAUGUUGCCUCUUUCUCCCACUAGUCUAUCAUCAGAACUACAAUUUACGGCAAAUGAAUGGAAGGAUGAAGAGGAGGAAGGAUUAAUGACCACUUGGGAAAACUCAUUUGUGGAGUGUGUCAUUUGCUUCCUUUAUGAAAGUACCUCUGAAACUUCAGUGAAAGAGGAGUAUGAGGAAUUCUUCCAAGGUAAAAACCUAUACAUCAAUACUCAGAACAUUCCUACCUAUAUCUGUGGGUUUUUUGAACAUUUUUCUAAGUGUGUGAGUAUGCUAGAACUCAUCAAAUUAGACUUUUUUGGCACCUCUUCAUUGGCCAAUACAGAAGAUGGACAUUCUCAAACAUCUCCAUGGAAAACCGUCAUUCCAGAAAAGGCCGUCUCCUUAUUCUUCAAUUGGGACCAAAAGCUCAAUUCUUUAAUGAUCACACUCAAAGAUUUCAACAAAUUGGAAAGAGGUGAUGUCAAGUAUCUGGAAAAAAUAUGCUGCUCUGCCUCAAAUCUCAGGCUCCAUAUCAGCAAAAGUCCUGGGCUCACAGGAAAGCUGAAGGACGUUCUCAACAGUUGUACGAAUCUGCAGGAUCUUAUUGUGGAGUCCACACCCCUUACGAUAGAAGAUGAGCAGCAGAUAGCAAAAAUGGUGGGACUGAAAACUAUAAAGCUAAAAGAUCUGCAAAAUGAAAAUCUAGAUGGAGGACUUAUUGAUGGAAUAUCUCUCCUUGUCAAUGUGGAAAAACUUAUCUUUGAUAACAUCAAGAUGAAUGAGGCCACUGCUAAAAAAUUAGGUGAAGAUAUUAAACAUUUGAAAAAACUCCACUUCCUGCAGCUGAGUCAUCUUAUGGAUAUAGGGAAUGGAAUGACACACAUAGCAAAGUCAGUAUUCUCCUGCCUUAUAGAUUUGGACGAAAUUCAUCUUGUCAAUACCUGCCUUUCCGGGGGUGCUCUGGAAAUUCUAGUUGACAAGUUAAGUGUUCUACCAAAGAUGAAAGUACUGAUGUUCCCCUCGAUGGAUGGAGGGAAUGUUUGUCUUACUAAACUUCAACAGCUAGAAUGCAUACCACAGCUAACAAAACUUGGGCUGAAGAAAUGGACCAUCACAGACUCUGAGGCUGAAGUUCUUGGUUCACUUCUUGUGAAGACAUCCCUGAGAUACCUCCAGCAUCUGGACCUGGCGGACAACUGCAUGACGAGUCACGGGUGGUUUACCAUCCUAGGACCUUUAUCCAAUCUCAAGAAGCUGGCAGUUCUGGAUUUCAGCCAACAGCAAAGCUUUUUGCCUUCUGCCCAAUUAGUCUUGGAACUGGCCCGAUUGAUAACAAAGUUGGCAUGUUUACAAAAGAUUUAUUUAACUGGCUGGCAAUUUGAUACUCAUGAUCUCCGAGAAAUUAACAAAGCAAAGCAAAGUCAUAGAAAUGAGCUGCAAUUAAUCAUUUCUUAAACAAGAACAGUUUGGGGCACAAGGUUUCUUGCAUUGCCACAUCCACACUAAGUGCCAAGUAGUUUUGCAGACAGGGCAAAAUUAUUGGAAGGUUGUGGUGUUGGUUGCGGUAACUCUCAGAGCUGUUGCUUUACAAAAAUAUAUCUACACAACUUUCCUGUCAUUUCAGACUCUUUUGUGACAAUUCCUAGCAAAGUAACAAAAUUUUAUUGCCCUUUUCAACUUGAUUUCUUUCUAAUUUCAGGACAUACAAGAGUUUUAAAAAUCCUCAUUUCUCUUCUCAUCUAUUCUUUUUAUUAAAAGCAUUAUAGUGCUAUUCUCUACUGUACUCAUACUGUUUAUAUUGUUCUGAAAGAACCCUCAGCUACAUUCUAAUUGCUACUCACAUGUUAAAUGGAGACAGAGUAUUGAUUUCCAGAGUGAGGAAUAGUGAUAUUUUUAUCAUAGGCCAACACAGACUUCUUCUCAGUCUUCUUCCCGUAUCUUUGAAGAAAGCUUACCUGAUUCUGGGAUUGUUACUGAUUGGUUUAAAAUCCAUUUCACUUUAAAGUUCAGUUGAAAAUGCUUUAAUGUUAAACGUUUUAAUGUUUUAAUGUCUGAUGAUUUAUAUAGUUUUUAAUUAGCUUAUUUAUGUUUAUAUGUAUUGAUUUUAGACUUGUAAUGUUUUCUUUUAUAUGGUUGUAAGGCAUUUCAUCUUUGCCAUUUACUAUGUUGUUAAACUGCUUUGAGUCCCCCUAGGGGUGAGAAAAGCGGUAUAUAAAUAAAAUAAUAAAUAAAAAAUACAUAAAUGUCCCAAUUUACACAAGAGCAACAAAAAUUAAUCCCUCCUGCCUUCUGGCUGGAGAUCUGAAAGAUAAAAUAGAAAAGGGAAAGGAUAAGGGCAAAGGAAAACAAACAGCAGCACAGUUAUUAAUAGCAGCCUGUAUUUCACUAGCUAAAUAUUGACAAACCCCAUAUAUAGCAUCAAAAGACCAGCUGAAACAACAGUUAUGGUGCUCUUUUCUUAUAAAUAAAGCUUCUGACUAUAAGAAAAUAAAGAAUGUGCAUUUAUUUUCUUACAAAGUAA